AUGAUUACAUAUCCAGAAAUUGAUCCAGUUGCGCUUGAUCUUGGAAUUCUGCAGAUUCGGUGGUAUGGAGUUGCUUAUUUCGCUGGCAUAGUCGGCGCUAUAGUGCUGGGCAGGGUCAGAGCCUCUACUUCAUUAUCUCCGAUUUCCAAAACUCAGGUCACUGACCUGAUUCUCUAUAUCGCCCUUGGCGCAAUCCUCGGUGGACGAAUCGGAUAUUCAUUGUUUUACCAUUUCCUCCAUUACAUCACGAAUCCGAUUGAUAUAUUCAAAAUUUGGGAGGGUGGCAUGUCCUUUCACGGCGGAUUAUUGGGUGCCGCCGCUGGCGGUCUCAUUUUCAGCCGUAAAUUCAAAGUGUCAUUUAUUCGAUUGGCAGAUUUUGCAAGUCCGCUCUGUGCCAUCGGUUUUUUCUUCGGGCGAAUUGCAAACUUCAUCAAUCAAGAACUAUGGGGACGACCGACCGAAGUGGCUUGGGGCAUGAUUUUUCCAGUUGAUCCCCUACAGCUUGCAAGACACCCUUCACAACUAUAUGAAGCUGCUUUGGAGGGAGUCGCACUAUUUGCAAUACUAUGGCUUUAUUCCUCAAAACCCAAAGCAACAGGAGCUGUCACAGGGUUAUUUCUGACCUGUUAUGGGGCAUUUCGAAUAUUCGUGGAGUUGUUUCGCGAACCCGAUGCAGUUCCAGGAUUCAUCAUUUCCGACUGGGGGACAAUGGGACAGGUACUUUCCGUGCCACUUAUAAUUUUCGGUAUCAGCCUAUAUUUUCUAGCACAGAAAAACACGUUUGCCUCCAAGUGA